CGGUCUUCAAAUCUUAUAAAUUGAGGAUAGCGUCGGGAGAAAUUAUCAAAGAAGCUAUUUUGUAUUUCUACAGCUGAGAGAAGGAAUGGAGAGAAGAAGCUUUCUUGUUUCCCUCUUUCUAAUAAAAGUGAUAAUAUAUUGGGGAGGAUUUUGGAAGGCGAGUAGUAAUUGCUUGGAUUCUGAGAGAAAAGCUCUGACCACCUUUCGGAAGGCUCUGAACGAUCCCUCCAAUCUUCUCUCUUCUUGGGAUGAUGGCUCAGACUGCUGCAAAUGGAGAGGAAUUACCUGCCACAACAUGACUGGGUAUGUUCUUAAACUCGACCUCCACACUUAUAACGGCAGUUAUUUGGAUGAUGGAGGCCUCUUAGAUCCAGCUUUCAGUCUAAGUGGCGGAAUUGAUCCAGCUUUGGUUGAACUGAAGCAUCUUCAGUUCUUGGACUUGAGCUUUAAUGCUUUUAAUGGCACACGAAUUCCAGAUUUCUUGGGUUCGGUGAAGGAGUUGAGGCAUUUGAACUUAUCAUGGGCAGGGUUCGGAGGGACAAUUCCUCACCAGCUUGGAAACCUCUCUCACCUCAUUUCCUUGCGCCUUAAUUAUCCCCAGCUCGGAAACCCCCGUCCCCUCAUUUCCUCGCGCCUUUCGUCAGAUUCUUUGAGUGCCAAAAACCUGUGGUGGUUGACAAGCCUACCUUCUCUCAAGUACCUCGACAUGUCUUAUGUGAACCUUUCCAUGGCAAGCCAUGAUUGGGUCCACGUAAUGAACAUGUCUCCUUCCCUCGUUGAGCUAAUCUUACCAGGUUGUGGUCUUUCAUAUAUUUCUCCAACUCUUCCUUCUGUUAAUUUCACAUCUCUCCGUGUCCUUGAUCUCAGUUCCAACAACUUCAAUUCUAGCAUUCCAAACUGGAUCGCUAACAUUAGUAGCCUCGUGUUCUUGGAUCUCUCAUAUAACAAUUUUCAUGGUGAGUUUCCAUAUCAAUUUUCACAACUUCCCAACUUGGAAGAGCUGCGCCUCCGAGGAGAUGCAGAUAAACUCAGUGCUAACUGUUCAGAACUCCUUGAAGGCAGCUGGAGUAGGAUCAAGAUACUUGAACUGUAUUUGGGUCAUCUAUAUGGAGAAAUCCCAGUGUCUACUGGCAAUAUAACAUCACUUGAGUCUCUCCGGCUGUCUUUCGAUGAGAAUACAAGAGGUAGCAUUCCAAGAGCCAUAACUAAGCUUAUCAAUUUAGAGACCCUGAGAUUGUAUAGAUACCGUAUGCAUGCAGCCAUUCCUGAUUGGUUACCUGAGCUAAAAAAUCUUAGAGAUCUUCAUCUCCACGAUUGCAUGCUACUGGGCCCAAUACCUGCAGCUCUACUUGGAGGAUUGUCUUCUUUAGAAAGUUUAGAUCUCGGUAUGAAUCAGUUGAAUGGGACAAUCCCAACAACUUUAGGACAACUUUCUAACUUGUCUUUUCUUGACCUCUCUGACAACUCCUUGACAGGAAACGUGUCUGAAACUCUUUUUGAAAACCUCAAAAACUUGAACACCUUGCGUUUGUCUUCCAAUCCUUUGGUUUUUGAUCCACACCCUGAUUGGGCCCCUCCAUUUCAGCUUUAUAUGAUUAAGCUAACAUCAUCUCAUUUAGGUCCUCGAUUUCCUCCUUGGCUACGAACACAAAAAUACAUACAGAUGUUGGAUCUCUCUAACUCAACUAUCUCUGGCAUCAUCCCCACCUGGUUUUGGAAUUUAACAUCCCAACUUGCUUCACUGAACCUUUCAAAUAACAAUAUUUCUGGCCAAUUGCCCAACAUUUUAAAACUGCAGUCUCAGGCCAACAUUGAUUUGAGUUGGAAUAAUUUCAGUGGUCCAAUACCUUGCAUAUUGAAUGGAGCCACAAUACUCGAUCUCUCCAAUAAUCAAUUUUCUGGGCAAAUCCCACCAAAUUUUACAUCCACAAUGCACGAUUUAGAAGUCUUUUCUGCUAAAGGCAACCAAAUCAGUGGUAUAAUUCCCUCAUCCAUAGAAGGAAUGAAUUCCCUGACUGCCCUUGACCUUUCCCAAAACAGUAUAAGUGGUAUUAUUCCAUUGAGAUUGGGUAAUUGUGUAGCCCUUGAGGCACUUGAUUUGAGUGAGAACAGGUUGUCGAGAGGAAUACCCAGGUCUUUGGGUCUGUUACGUCGACUCCAAACAUUGCACUUGAGCAACAAUGCUCUAUCAGGAAAAAUCCCUUUGCCUCUGAAGAAAUGUGCUAGUUUGGAGACUCUCGACCUUGGAUACAAUAAUUUCUCAGGUCAUAUUCCCACUUGGAUUGGCGAAAGCUUUCCAGUUUUAAGAAUUCUGCGCUUGCGGUCAAAUAUGUUUACUGGCAACAUCCCACCACAACUAUUAAACCUAGCUUCUCUUCAGUUCCUUGAUGUGGCACAGAACUUUUUAUCUGGUUCAAUUCCCCAAAGUUUUGAAAAUCUCAUCUCAAUGAAAAAUGAGCAGAAGAUGAACCUGUUUCUUACCUAUGGAGAGGUGAAGACAAUACAUGAUGGGAAAAACUUUCGACUGACAGAAACAUCAUAUUACAUGGAAAACUUGCUUGUGUCAAUGAAGGGGAAAAUGCUUGAAUAUACUCGAACAGUUUCAUUGGUUAUAUGCAUGGACCUUUCAACAAAUAACUUAUCUGGAGUGAUCCCUGAAGGACUCACAAAUCUUUUGGGAUUGCGUGUCUUAAACUUAUCUGGAAACCAUUUGACUGGAAAGAUCCCAGACAAGAUUGGUAAAUUGACAUUGCUGGAGUCUCUUGAUUUCUCUAAAAAUCAGCUUUCAGGAAAAAUUCCCCAGAGCAUGUCAAAUUUAACUUUUCUAAGUCACUUGAACUUGUCACACAACAAUUUUUUGGGAAAAAUUCCAUUGGGAAAUCAGCUCCAGACGCUUGAAGAUCCAUCUAUAUAUAUCGGCAACAAUGGACUCUGUGGACCUCCUCUUUCAAAUAAGUGUGUUAGUGAUAAGACAUCUCAAGGUCCGAUGCCUGUUAGUGAUGAUUUAGAAAAAGGUAAAGAAAAAUAUGAAAUGCGUUGGCUUUGCUCUGCAAUGGGACCGGGAUUUGCGGUGGGGUUUUGGACCUUCUGUGGCAUUUUAGUGCUCAAGACAUCUUGGAGGAUUGCCUAUUACCGCUUCUUUGAUGAGAUGAAAGAUAGACUUUUUUGUAAUUGUGGCAUUACUGGAUGUUAGAUUGAAGAAGUUUGUGGAAACUCAAGUCAUGAGUAAUGAAUAAUUGUUGUAAUCUAGGUUACUUUGUAAUUUUUAUUUUUAUUUUUAAUAUGAGAGUUGUAAUAAAAUGCUUAGUAAUGAGAAUUGGGGGAGGGGAUUGGUCUAUUACUCUCUCUACUGUAUACAAUUUUCAA